AUGUCUUUGACAAAGGAAUGUAGUGCCCUUCUUACUUGCAAAAUUCCCCCAAAAUUAAAAGACCCGGGAAGUUUCACCAUCUCGUGCUCUAUUGGAGGGAAAGAAGUAGGUCAUGCCUUGUGUGACCUUGGGGCAAGUAUAAAUCUCAUGCAUUUGUCCAUUUUUAAUCAGUUGGGAAUUAGGGAAGUUCAACCUACUAUCGUGACUUUGCAAUUAGCGGAUAGGUCCUUGGCAUAUCCGAAAGGUAAAAUUGAAGACAUCUUGGUAAAAGUGGACAAAUUCAUCUUUCCAGCCGACUUUCUAGUGUUAGAUUAUAAAGCCGAUAGAAAUGUUCCGAUCAUCUUAGGAAGACCCUUUCUUGCUACGGGUAGGACAUUAAUUGACCUACAAAAGGGUGAGUUGACCAUGAGUGUAAACGACCAACAGAUGACUUUCAAUGUGUUUAAGACUCUUAAGUUCAAUGGGGAGAUUGAGGAUUGUUCGUCUAUUUACUCAGUAGGUGAAGAUUUAGAUCUAAGUUUGAUCGACUGUGUCCACAGUGGAGACACUGUGGGUACGGCAGAAGACAUUUGUGAAGAAGACUUACUUGAGGACAUAACUGCCUUUGAACAAUUAGAUUUUAAAGAUAUACCAACCCAAACCCCGUCCAUUGUAGAAGCACCCGAUUUGGAGUUAAAACCACUGCCUUCACAUCUUAA